GAAUACGUGCUAGAAGACGAGAUGAUAGGAUAUGUGAUAAUGCUUCUCCCCUUCACUGUGCCCGGCACUUAGUCGAUCUUCUGAGUUGAUUCCGACGGUCUUCCGGCACUCUCAGUGAGCAUUUUGUAAACCUCAAAGCUUUAAUUCUACUUCUUCCGUCGGUGCGAUUCAUCGUAUUCUCUGGUUUCACUUCAGCUUGAAUCGGGUUCUCUUCUUCUCCUAAAAGUUACAGCUGCAUCGAAUUGAAUGGAUGUUGGGUGUCUGCAUCCUCAGUUCAUCAGGACUUCAGGUUUACAAUGUAGAGGGAGAAAUGUAUAUCCAGUGGUUGAUUUUCUAAAACAAAGCAAGCAGCAAGGACUCAGUUCACAUGACUCUUUGAAGAACAGUUGCAGGAGCCUUAAUCUUCAAUUGAACAUUAGAAGUUCGCCAAAAUGCAUUACUCAUGUCCGACCUUUGGUGAUUGAGUGCGAUCACCCUCAGAAUGCAGAUUUGCCUCGUUACUAUUCGAAAAAGGAGAAGAAACCAUUUCCAAUACCUAUAGUGGAGUUACGACGAGCUGCUAGAGAGAGGUUGAAAAAUAGGAAUGGCGAACAAAGAGGGGUUCCUCCGCCAAAAAGAGGAUUGGUGGUUCAAAGACUAAUCCCUCUUGCAUACAGGGUAUUGAACGAGAGAAUAAAGCUAAUAAACAAUCUCAGGAAGCUCUUGAAAGUGAUGCCUGUCAAUGCCUGCAAGUGGUGUAAUGAAAUUCAUGUUGGCCCUAUAGGGCAUCCUUUCAAGUCAUGCAGAGGACCACGAGCUUCAAUACGUAAAGGGGCUCAUGAAUGGGGCGCAGCAGUUGUCGAAGACAUACUUGUACCAGUAGAUGCCUACCACUUAUAUGAUCGUCUUGGGAGACGUAUUAAUCAUGAUGAGAGAUUUUCCAUCCCAAGAAUCCCAGCAGUUGUUGAGCUCUGCAUUCAAGCAGGAGUCGACCUGCCUGAAUAUCCUACAAAAAGGAGAAGAAAACCCGUCAUACGCAUUGGGAAAAAGGAGUUUGUUGAUGCUGAUGAAAGUGAACUACCAGAUCCUGAUCCUGACACCCCCAAGCCAGAAAUAUUAACUGAAACACUCGAUUCUGAAAUAGUACCACCUUCCGGCAAAGAAGACAUAGCAUUGCUUGCUGAGGAGACACUACAAGCAUGGGAUGAAAUGAGGAGUGGAGCCAAGAGGCUGAUGAAAUUGUAUCCCGUGAGGGCCUGUGGGUAUUGCCCUGAAGUCCAUGUCGGCCCAAGUGGACAUAAAGCACAGAACUGUGGAGCUCAUAAGCACCAGCAACGAAAUGGGCAGCAUGGAUGGCAGGCAGCCAUUCUUGAUGACUUAAUCCCACCCAGAUAUGUGUGGCAUGUACCUGAUGUUACCAAGCCAUUGAAUAGGGAGCUCAGGAACUUCUAUGGUCAGGCCCCUGCUGUCGUAGAAUUGUGUGUGCAGGCAGGUGCUGAAGUUCCAGAGCAAUACAAGCCAACUAUGAGGUUGGAUGUGGGAAUUCCGACAGAUGUUAGAGAAGCAGAAAUGGUUGUUUGAGCAGCCUUUUCCUUGAUCUUUACUCCUUCAUAUCAGGCAAGUUUACAUGAGAUACAAGACUUCGCAUCUGCGGAAUAUCUGAAAACAUGUCGAUAAAAGUUGUGUGGAGGGCAAUAUUGUGUUGAAUAUCACAAUGAAUAGGGAAUCAAGCAAUGCUGCAAAAAUAUAUAUAUAAAGAAGAUAGUGCAUAUAUUACAUAGAUAUAUGAAUCAACAGUGGAAGUGCAAAUUCUGUCACACAAUACAAAAACAAAUAAUAGAUGUAACAUGACUUGAAAAUAACUAGAAGAUUGCUAGAGAAUUGUAAAAACUUCAUAUUUAAUCAUGCUGAACACACUCCAAAGAAUUCAAGUCCCAGAGAUCAAAUUCUUGCCGACUCGUGCAAAUCAUGGAGAUUUGGGCACUUCUGGCAAAGUAGGUUUAGGCAACUCUGGGAUCUUAGGGAGUUCAGGCACUUUAGGAACUUCAGGCUUUGGCAGUUCUGGCAAUUUGGGAACUUCAGGUUUUGGUAGUUCUGGCAACUCUGGGAUUUUGGGUUUCGGCAGCUCUGGAAUCUCAGGUUUCGGCAGUACUGGAAUCUCAGGUUUCGGCAGCUCUGGGAUUUUGGGUUUUGGAAGUUCUGGAAUCUCAGGUUUUGGUAAUGUUGGAACCUCAGGUUUUGGCAAUUCAGGGAUCUCGGGUUUUGGCAAUGUUGGAACCUCUGGCUUGGGCUGCUCAGUCUUUUCCAGUGCCGGCAUCUCUGUCUUGGGCAAAUGUGGGAUCUCAGGUUUUGGCAAUUCCGGGAUUUCAGGUUUUGGCAGUGUCGGAAGCACAGGCUUAGGCAACUCUGGAAGCACAGGCUUAGGCAACUCUGGAAUAACAGGUUUCGGCAAUGUUGGUAUCUCAGGCUUGGGCAGCACCGGAAUCUCAGGUUUCGGCAAUAUUGGUAGCUCAGGCUUCGGUAAAGUUGGAAAAUGGGGGACAGGUAAUUCAGGUUUCGGAAUCUCAGGCAAACCUGACUCCAGCAGCAGACGAGCACCCUCUGCUCGGUACCAAUUUCCUCCUAUGCCAAGAAGCAGCACGAUGAAAAGGGAACUAUAGCUUUCAAAUGCCAUUGUUCACUGCUACUAAACUGAGGUAUGCAAUUUUCUUCAAUAAAAAAACAAUGUGUUUGCUUUUUCUCGAUGCUUUGAUUGUUUACGGCGCUGUGGGUUUUAUAGAGGCGAGACGAUGAGAACCAGUCUUCAGGGUGUUGUGCAUUGGUUGUUGAUAGGGAUAAUGAGUUAGUUCAACCCCCUUAUGGCCAUUCUUCCAACUAUGCAUCGACUCACUAAUUAUUAUUAUUAUCAUUAUUUGUUGUACAUCUUGAAA